GAAAAAGAGAAAAAACACUUCCGUAGUUAAUAAUUUUCAGAAAUCAAGUCUACUUUCUUAUUUUUCCAACAUUUUCAUUGAAGUUACAAUAUGAUUGAGGAUAUAAUAAAAGGGAAAGAAUCCUCGCGUAUCAUUGUCAUCAAGGAUAAUGUGGAUUGUUGUAGUCGUUAUCUCUUAAAGUCAAUUUGUGUACAUUUACAAAAUCACAUGGAUUCAGUUCACAUGUUGAAAACAGAAUUUUCAGAAAAUCUAUACAAAUCAUCAUCUUUAACUAACCUACCUUCAAUAAAAAUACAUGAUUGGUCGAUGGAUCCACUAGGAUGGAAUCAACCUAGAGUCACCUUCGAGAGUAACCUCCAUACAUACUUUGGAGACAUUUUGGCAAAAUCGCAAACUCAACAAAAAGUAGCAGUGGUUGUAGACGCAAUAUCUUCACUUAUACAAACCCAGGGAAUUGUGAAGAUAUGCCAACAGAUACAAAGUUUAAAAAAUGAUAGAUUUCCAAAUACAGAACUUACAAAGAUUGUACUUGUUGUUCACGAAGAUCUGCAUGAGUCAUUAGCAGCUCUGGAUUACACUGCCUCUACGAUAAUUUACAUUUCACAUGCGACUCCCUCUCAGAGCAUCUGUGACACUCUACAUAAAAGGCCAUCAGGCAAAGUGAAAAGAUCUAAUGAACUUCUUAUAUUUGGUAUUGAUGGAGAAAUAUCAAGUGCUCAAGAAAUAAGUCAAGAUGAGAAAGAAAAAGAAACUGAAGAAGAUGUUGACCCGGCAGCCAACUUGACCUUUAACCUUUCGCUGAAGGACAGUGAGAAAAAGGCAAGAGAGCAACUCCAACUUCCAUAUAUGUUCCACCAACAAGGAGCUGUGAAAUCAGGGCCUGCCACAUCUGUUACACCAGGAACAGGGCAGAUAUAUUAUGAGUGUGAUGAUGUAGAUGACUUUGAUGAGGAGGACCCUGAUGAUGAUCUUAAUAUUUAGCAUUGUUUAAAACUUCCAAUUUAGUUAUUGGAAAGCUGUUUGUAAUAUUAAUAUGGGUAUAUAGACUAGUGAAAU